ACAGAAACUCCGAGGGAAUUGAACUGGCUGGAACCAGGUGGCGGAGUCGGAGCUGAACCAUGGGCCGGAUUACUGAAGAUCUUAUUAGGCGAAAUGCAGAACAUAACGACUCUGAAAUUUUUUCCUUGGAGGAACUCUCCUUGCACCAACAAGAAAUUGAAAGACUAGAAAAUGUUGACAAAUGGUGUCAGGAUUUAAAAAUUCUCUACCUUCAAAAUAAUCUCAUAGCAAAAAUUGAAAAUAUUAGCAGACUAAAGAAAUUGCAGUAUCUGAAUUUAGCUUUGAACAACAUUGAAAAAAUUGAAAAUUUGGAAGGAUGUGAAGGAUUGGAAAAACUUGAUCUGACAGUAAAUUUUGUUGGAGCAUUGAGCAGCAUUAAAAUUCUUCGACAUAAUAUAAAUCUUAAAGAAAUUUUUCUUAUGGGUAAUCCAUGUGCAGACUUUGAAGGAUACCGAGAGUUUGUGGUUGCUACUCUUCCACAAUUGCAACGUUUGGAUGGCAAAGAAAUAGAGCGAUCAGAGAGAAUUAAGGCAUUGCAGAACUACCCAGUAAUUGAAGAGAAAAUCAGAGAACAGGAAACGGCUUAUUGCCUCAAAAGAUCCAAAGAGAAAAAAGAGGCUGAGAGAAAACUUCAAGAAGAGGAAGAGAAGGAAAAAUGGAAGGAAAACAAAAGUAAUCCAGGCUUCGAUGGACGUUGGUACACAGACAUCAACAACACUAUUCCAUAUUCUGUGCUUCAGAGGAAUGAAAAAGAACAUCCAGAGAUAGAAGAAAACAAAGUUAAUAAAAAGACACCAGAUGAAUUGGAGAAAGAAUUCUGGGAGAAGCCCACAUUGUAUAGCCCUGAGUCUAGACUAGAAACUCAUCGAUACUUGGAAAAACAAAGGAAUAAAGAGAAAUCAAGUGACAAAACGAAGAAAGAAAAGCCCCCUAGGACUUUGAUCACUGCAGAUGGACGAGUGUUGAAUAUUAAUGACCCCAAGCUUGAUUUUUCUUUGAAAGAUGAUGAAGAAAAUAAUCAAAUUGUUCUGGAUCUUGCUGUAUAUAGGUUUAUGGAUACUUCUCUAAUGGAUGUUAAUGUGCAGCCAACUUAUGUCCGAAUAAUGGUCAAGGGGAAGCCAUUUCAACUUGUACUUCCUGCUGAAGUGAAACCAGAUAGUAGUUCUGCCAAAAGAUCUCAGACAACUGGACACCUGGUGAUCACCAUGCCAAAGGUAGGAGAAGUAAUUACGGCUAACAGAAAAGCACGUACACAUGAGAAAAAUAAUGAAAAAAACAAAUUGCAACAAAAGAAAAGAAGCAAACAAAUUGAGAAACUAGAAGUAGAUCCUAGCAAGUAUUCAUUUCCUGAUGUGACAAAUAUAGUCCAAGAGAAAAAAACUGCUUCCAGAAAAAUCAAAGCUACAUCUCCAGUUGUACCCUGUGCUGAAGAUUCCAACUUUGAAGAUAACCCUGAAGUUCCACCUUUGAUUUAAAACCUUCAAAAAUUACUUUACUUGAUUAUGAUCUGCAUGAUCUUUAAGUCUAGAAAAUGUCAUCAUAUUAAGUUAAAAUUGCAUUGUAAUUUGUAGCAAAAUAAUUUCUAUUAUAUUUUUACCUACUUUGAAUAAUAUUCUUUUAAGAAUAACAUAUAUCUUGUUUCUGUACUAUUGAUUCUGUUGUAACACAUCAGAAAUUAUUUGUUUUAUCAAUAUUUAAUAAUAUUUUUCUACUGAGUUUUUCAUGUCAAUCACAUAAAUAUUAUAAGAACAUAUGAAAGCAAAUGGUCAGUAGAUUAAGGUAAACAGUCAUUUGAAUGGGAAAAUAGUCAUUAAUUUAUCUUUAUGUGGAGCCAUUAUUCUAUAGUUAAAUGUUAAAUAAGUAUCUGUUUUCUGUAUGUUUAUUUUUUUUUCUAAUUGUGAACCUGUAUUCUAAUCUCUUAGGGUUAGAGAUGUAAGAAGUAGGAACAUAGCAAUAUGAUCCCAAAGUAGAACAGACUUGUGUGUCCGAAAAGAUUUGAGCUUUUCGUUGGCCUUUACUGAUGGUCAGAGAGCCAGGAGAGAUCAACCAGAGGCUGUAGCCUAGAAUAGGGAAAGAGGAAGUAGUAUGUCUGUGUCUAUGCUUGGGAAUUGGGUUCAGUUGUCGGUGGCAGAAACAACAGUUUAACUUUAUCUGAGAGUUCUAUGGCUUCCAAAGGGAAGGGGACUGAGGUGCCUGGCUAGGAAAGCAGAGUAAAGGAAGAAGGUUGCUGGCAAAAGUCAGAAGUGUUGUUAUACUCAGCGACUAAGAAAAUUGCUUUAAUAAACCAGUCAAGACAGGAAGAAUUCAUUAAGCACAAAAGUUUCUAAAGCUGCAGCCACUGGUCUUUCUGGGAGGUGACUCCUUAAAUCAGUGUAGGCAUGUUAACUCCCAGAAAGGAAGUCUUAAGCUGAUGAGUUUUUUGGGGAAGCCUGGGGACAAGAAUAGGCCUUUGUUGCGCAAGAUGAGCCCUUUUAGUCUUAAAGCUACUUGAUACGGGUCUGGAAUCUAUUCUCAGAACUGAAGUUAGAGAGUUCACGUCCUUAAGGUUAACAGAUUUAACCAUACAGGCAAAAAAAGAGAGAACUAAUAAAAAAAAAAAAAAGAUCUAGUUUCUUGUACAUAUUUUCUGAAAACCUAGAAUGAACUCAUUAGAUCUGUGUGUAUGUGUGUGUGUAGUGUGUGUGUAAUUAUUGUAACUAUACCAAAAGCUUUUCUAGCUCUCUAGUAAAACCACCCCCAAUUCGUCUUACCUUAUACAGCCAAUGUUAGACCUUAAAAGCCAGUGUUGACAUACCAAAAUCAGGUCUUUCUCAAACAUAAAAAUGACAUACAUAGAUGCAAUAAAAGCUUGAUAUAACAAAAUAA